UCCUUUUACUUUCCAAUCUGAAAAUUAUUUUUUUCUUCUUUUGUAUCUCUUACAAACUGGAUUGAAGAUGUAAAAUUGAUGGGAAUCAUGAGACAAGAAGAACGGAGAAUCCACAUUCCAAACAUAUGAGAAAUGCCGAAUACAAUAGGAGGUGGGAUAGAAGACAACAAUAACUAUGAUAUGACCAAGAUUUCCAAUAGUAAUACAAGUACUCCAGAUAAUUCUGUCAAGCAUGAGAAGAAAAAGAAGUCCAUUAUCCCCAAACUUUUUAGUUCAAAGGCGCGAAAAAACUCCGAUGAUGAUCUUUUCGGAGGAAACGACUCCGGUCAUGAUCUUGAGAAGAGAAUUGCAUCAAAGAGGACAUCAUUUAUAGAGUCAUCGCCUGUUAUGAGAAAAAGUUUUUCUGAAAGGCUGGCGAAGAAUUCUGAAAUUGAGGGUUUAAACCUCUCUAAUUUCGAAAGACCUAUGACAUCCCAGUCUGAAACUCAAGAUUUCCGAAUAUUUGUUGCAACAUGGAAUGUUGGAGGGAAAGCACCUAAUAAUGGCCUCAACCUUGAAGAUUUCUUGCAGAUUGAGGGUUCUUCAGACAUUUAUAUCUUAGGGUUUCAGGAAAUAGUUCCAUUGAAUGCAGGAAAUGUUCUUGUACUUGAAGACAAUGAACCAGCAGCAAAAUGGUUAGCAAUCAUAAGUCAAGCUCUGAACAGACUACAUGAAAACCAACCAGAUUACUCAAACAAUAAUACUUCAUCAUCUUGUUCUGCUAUUACUAAUAUAAAUUGUAAUGAUUUAUCAUCUAAAGCAUAUAGAAAUAUGAAAACAUCAUCUCAAGGUGGUAUUUUCUUUCAUAAACCUUCUCUUAAAGUUCUUAGUAGACAUCUUAGGGUUCAUAAUCAGAAUCUCAAGAGUUGUAAUUGUCACUUAGAAUCAUCACCACCUUAUAAUGAGAAACAACAUCCAAGAGAUAUUAAAAACUUAAUACAUAAAUUUGAGCAAGCGAGUUCUCUUUGUAUACGUAAUGGCUCGGCUGAUGAUCGUGAAUACUUUUCCAUGGCUGCGGGAAUUCCCCUUUCACCUUCUUAUUUAUCUUCUUCGUGUGACUUGAAUUAUAGGCUCGUAACGAGCAAACAAAUGGUGGGUUUAUUUUUAUCAGUUUGGGCCAGGAAGGAAUUGGUUCAAUAUAUUGCACAUCUUAGGGUUUCUUCUAUUGGGAGAGGAAUCAUGGGAUUCUUAGGUAACAAGGGUUGUAUAUCGGUUAGCAUGUCGUUCCACAAGACGACAUAUUGCUUUGUAUGUAGUCACUUAGCAUCAGGAGAGAAAGAAGGAUAUGAGCUACGUAGAAACUCUGACGUAGCUGAAAUCCUAAAGAGUACACAGUUCCCUAAAAUUUGCAAGAAGUCGGACCGACGUAUACCUGAAAGAAUCAUUGAACAUGACCAGAUAAUUUGGCUCGGAGAUUUGAAUUAUAGAGUGUCUUUAAGUUAUGAAGAAACAAAACUACAUUUAGAAGAGAAUGAUUGGGAAACACUAUUACAUAAGUAUCAGCUUAAUAUAGAGAGACACACUGGUAGAGUGUUUAAAGGUUGGAAUGAAGGAAAGAUUUUCUUUGCUCCUACUUAUAAAUACACACAGAAUUCAGAUUCUUAUGCGGGAGAAACCACAAAAUCUAAAAAGAAGCGUCGGACUCCUGCAUGGUGCGAUAGGAUAUUGUGGUAUGGUAAUGGGAUUGAACAAUUAUCUUAUAUUAGAGGAGAAUCGAGAUUUUCAGACCAUAUACCAGUAUGUGCUGUUUUCACCUCAAAAGUAGUAAUGAUGAAUAAUAGUUGUACUACUCCCAGAAUCGAAAAGUUCAAGAAAAGAUAUUCAGUUCAACUUGGUAGAACCGAGUAUGAAGACGUGGUACCUAAAAGACACAGCUUUUACGGGUUCUAGUGAACUUAUGAUGUUCAUUUUUUUUAUCAUCACCGUCAGGCAAUUCAUUGUAUAUUACUACGGAGUAAAAGUAACAAGAAUGCAAGAUCAUAAAAACUGGACGAAGUAAUUUAAAUAUUGCAUCAGAUUACCUCAAACCUCAAAUAUGUUUUAUGAUUUCAUCCGUCUUAUUUUGAAACAGAAGUGUGACCUGCUUGUUAUCACGAUAUUGUACUGCAUUUUUGUACUAAUACAUUUAAGGUUCGAAAGUACAUACCAAUUUUUUCAUA